AUGUUUAGUCGGCUGUGCACCACUGCCAGUAGGGCCGUUUCAGGCUGUAGCUUUAGGUGUCGAAAUUUCUCUGCUCUGUCAUACCUUAGCAAGGAUUAUUCUCUACAACAAACCAGAAUCGUUCCGAAAUUAACGACUUUCUACUCGGCCAACCCACAUCAUGAGGACCGCAUUGAUAGACUCGAGACGCUUUUGCGUAAGUAUGUUAAGCUACCCACGAUCCAAGUGGCUCCCAGCGAAAAACCAGCUUGGUUGUCGUUCAGUGAAUAUGCUUUGAUCGGUGGUGGCACGCGUCUAAAGCCCAUUCAGUAUCAACAGUUGAUCACGCUUCUGAACAGACUGCACGCCAUAGAGCCCGAGUUGACCAAUGACGAGAUCACGUUCGAGCUGUCGCAGUAUUUCAAAAAGACCAAGCUCCAGGCCUCGCAGGUCUCCGUGAAGACUCUCGAUGAGUUUGGCAGAAGUGUCGCUGUGGGCCGCAGAAAGACAUCUACGGCCAAGGUCUACCUGGUGAGGGGUUCGGGCGAGGUUCUCGUCAACGGCAGACAGUUGAACGACUACUUCGUUAAGAUGAAGGACCGUGAGUCCGUAGCCUACCCUCUAAAGGUCGUGGAUGGUCUGGGUAAAUAUAACGCUUUCGUGGCCACCUCUGGAGGUGGAGUCACGGGCCAAGCCGAGGCUUCCAUGCAUGCGAUUGCCAAAGCCCUCUUGGUUUUCAACCCUCUGCUCAAACCCAGACUUCACAAGGCCGGUGUCUUGACCAGAGACUACAGACAGGUGGAAAGGAAGAAGCCAGGCAAGAAGAAGGCCAGAAAGAUGCCUACAUGGGUUAAGAGAUGA